AACAUAACCUUAUCUAUACUUUUCCGUGUGUCGUGUUGUCUUGUCUUGUGCCCGCUGCCCUGCUCAAAGUUUUAUUGAAAGUAUAUUAGUAAUGGGUUUUACUGUGUAGAAUUGAAAGUGCUCCACUCUUAGUGGUAAUAUAUUCCCGCAUGCAUCAGUGUAUCAGCAAGAUACCAUCAUGCUAAGUCAGUAUAUUACCAAACGGCUACUGGCAAGGCUUGCCCUGGGAUUGUUCGUUGUUAUCAUUUUCUUCGACUUCAUCCCUGUGGUUACCAGUCAUUCUCACUCUCAUUCCCACGGCCACUCUCAUGAAGAACCACCUUCAUUUAAAUAUUCUCAGCAAGCCAACAUCAAGCCUCCUGAACAGCCAUCACAACCUGCCAAGUCUGUGGAAAAAAGUUACAAGCUGUGGUUUGAAGCCCUUGCAUCAACUUUGUUUAUCAGUUUAGCUCCAUUUUUAAUUCUCUUCUUCGUGCCUAUCGAAAACAGUAAAGAUCACGAGCCACUCUUGAAAAUUCUGUUGAGUUUUGCAUCAGGUGGACUGUUGGGUGAUGCGUUUCUUCACUUGAUUCCUCACGCCCUGGUAGCGCACACCCCUGAUGGUCAUGGACAUUCCCACUCACAUUCACACGGUCACUCUCAUGGUGAAGGAGAUCAUUCUCACGACAACAUGAGCGUUGGGCUUUGGGUGCUGUGGGGGAUUCUAGCAUUUUUAUCCGUGGAGAAAUUAGUCAGAAUUAUGAAUGGCCAUGGUCAUAGCCAUAGUCCUGACAAGCCUAAGAAACAGUCAACCAAAACCAAACCUUCGAAGAAAUCCAAGAAAUCAGAUGAAUCAUCUGAAGAAGAAGAAGAGCCCUCCAAAGAUGCUGUUGACAAGGCUGGUGAUAUUAAAGUAGCUGGGUACCUAAACUUAGCUGCCGAUUUCACGCACAAUUUUACUGAUGGUCUGGCAAUUGGUGCCUCUUAUCUGGCAGGUCAAAAUGUUGGCAUCGUGACCACUGUUACAAUUUUAUUUCAUGAAAUUCCCCAUGAGAUCGGAGACUUUGCAAUCCUGAUACAAUCAGGAUGUAGUAAGAAAAAGGCCAUGAUGCUCCAGCUAGUUACAGCAGUAGGUGCGUUCAGUGGUACUCUAGUGUCUCUAUUUGCAGAUAGUUAUGCAACUGCAGCCCCAUCCUGGAUUCUUCCUUUCACCGCAGGAGGGUUCAUCUACAUUGCCACUGUGUCUGUGAUUCCAGAAUUACUUGUUGAUACUAGAUUUGGUCAGUCGGUCAAAGAAAUUGCUGCUCUGCUUGUUGGCGUCUACAUGAUGGUCCUUAUAGCAGAUUUUGAAUGAACAGUUCAAUUCGACUGAAUAACAGUUCCAUUCGCAUUUGUCUGCCAUGCGCUUCACAUCUCUUUGAUGUCAUUAGAUUAAGGCUUAGGUAAUUUGUUUGAUUUUCUUAAGUAUAUUUUUUUAUUUCUCCUUAAUAGUGCAAAGUUUUGCAACCAAUCAAAAUAAGAUUGGAAGCACAGUGUUAUUGACUUAUCUUAUAAGAGCCAAUCUUUCACUCAGGGUUGGACUGGAAGAAUGAAAGUCAGCGGGAACUCUGCUAUUGAUCUACCCCACUCUUCAUGUACUGAUUUGAUUUUUAUUGCAUUGUCAUCUAGACAUUAUCAACGUUAUCAUUUUUAAGGGAUUAACUCUUUAACCAACCCGACUGGCAAAUGGCCAAACGUUACACAAAUGUUGGCAUAAGAUUACCUCUAGCCACGGCCCUGAGCACAAAGUUGCACCAACUUCUCUGCAACCUUUUCUGCGACCAUUUGCUGUGCAGGAAGUUGACUCAUUAUGUUAAAGAAUGAGAAAUCUCUCUGUUUGGUGAUCUCUUUUUUAGAAAUUUGCCUUUUAUUUUAUCGAGCAGAAGACUGAUCACACCUUUUUUUCACAACUCAUUAAUGUAAAACUUUGUGAUUUAUUAUCUUGCUAAUCAAACCUGACGUAAACUUUAAUUAUUUUCAUUACCGAAAAAACCUCUAGAAAACCUAGGGGUAGGUCUCCCAUUCUCAAGUUUAACCCUGAAGUUUGUUGUUUGUACCUAAUCUUCCUUAAUUAUUUUUAUCAAUUGUGGCUCUCAUCAGAUAAAAGUUACUCAAAUUAGUAGCAAAUUAAUGACUGUGGAGGAAAGUUUUCCAAGGUUUGAAUGAGGUCUCUUUUGACUAAUUAGGUACUUGUUUUCUCAGAAUUUACUGCGAAUACUGAAGUUAUUAUUGUGCCUGUUAUAUCAUUGUCACAAUUACAACAGCAACUGGAAAUAGGCAAAAAAAAAAAUGUGAAAAGAACCACUCUUCUUUAAUCAUUCCAUUUCAGCCGUACUUAAAAGAUCCGCUUCGUUUUUUCUUCCUCCUUUAUCUUCAGGAGGAAAAUUUGUUUUUGGCUGUUAAUCUUAAUGUUCCACUUUUGUUAAAUAAUCAUUUCAUAGUAGAAUUUUUGCUGUUUUGCACCAUUUAUCUGUUUAGGAUGUCUGUUUGUGUUAUCGCUGCAAAUUGCAUAAGGGAAAAGGAAAGGGUUUUUCCAUUACUGCAUCAAUUUUUGAUGUUUUCCAUUGUGAACCUGUUGAUGGGUGAUAGUGAAACUGCAGAAAUGCUUAGCUUGAUGUAGCAGAUUUCUGGUCAUGGUGUAUUUUUGAAAUGGAAAAACACCUAAUGUCAUUUCUUGAAAACCUCCCUGAUUUUUUCCUCUGUGUGAAGAAUAUUCUGUGAAAAUUUCAACUCAACGUAUGUGAUUGUUUUUCUUUCAUAAAUUAAAAUGGAAGAGGAGAUUUUGAGGUACUACAAAUGAGAUACGCAGUUUUGCUGUUUCGAUACGUAAAAUGAUCACAGCUAACUGUAGCAAUUAGUGCAAGUAAACCAUUGUCAUUCUUCUUCAUGCUUUUAAAGCAACUUUUCAAGUUAUUUUCCCUCUUCCUGAGCCCCUUCUAACUUAAAUUCUAAAAUGAAACUUAAUGAAAAAAGUUCAAGUUAAAAGAAUCAGAGUUUUUUACUAAGCUCAGAGCUGCUUCAAAAUAUCUAUCAUGAAGAGCCCUAUUGAGAUAUGAUUAAAUUAAUUCUGUUAUUAAUUUGUUCUCAAAUGUUUUGUUUCUUCGAAUUACUACUUUAUUUGUAAUAAUUUCUUACAAUAGUAGAAAGGACUAAGAAAAUACCUCAAAGAAGCAUUUACAGUUACAGGAAGAAUGCACAUAAUUUAAAUACGGCUUUACAUAGUAAGUAUAGGAAGUUAGAAUCUUAUCAUAUAAAAAAAUUAAGGAGGAUUUUCCGAAAAGCCCCUGUCUCAGAAUUUAUUAGUGGAACAUUUGAGAGGAAAAAACCUUCCUAUUAGUAUUAUAAUUCUCUAAGAAGCCCUUUCAUUGUAAGUGCCUUCCUCUUAGGCCCAGAUUUUGGAGAACUGAAGAGGUUGUUUCCCUGGAAUAGCAACAUGUUUGAAGGUACAAAAGCAUUUUAAGAGAUAGUGAAAGGAUGGAUUAUCAAAAGACAGAAUAAGCGCUCAAAUUUUUGAAUGAGCAAAGUUGGUUUGCAAAUUUAAUGAUCAUUGGAAGGAACUAAAUAUAUUCAGAUUACAGAUAAGAUUGAAAACAAAACAAAAAAUACCUAUCACUUUUGAUGUAGGUUGUCAUUUCAUUUUAGCUCCAGGGUGGCUAUCAGUUAUAUCUAGGUCUCUCCUCCUGCAAUCUUCUCUAGCUCACUGCAAUGCUAUCCCCUGAAAGAAGGUUUAUAAAUUUAUAAUGAAUAAUUAUUGGAUAUACCCAUUUGUAGAGCCAUUCAAAAAAUUCUACUCAUCUGCGAACCCUUUUUCCUCGAUAGGUAGUGAAUUUUAGAUAUUUUUUGCGUAUCUAGGUAUGGUUUAGGAAUUGAUGCAUGAGUGAUAAAUUUUAAGCUUAUUGCUGGAAAUUUAAACUUAGCGCUUAUUGUGGACCUCCAUCCCAAUCUCAAUGUAGGUAUUGAGAGGCCCCUCUUGCCUGAUGAAUCUACUGUGAUAGGAUCUAAAGUAGCACAGGGUAGGUAUCAAUACUUAAAAACUGAUCUCUCAAUAGUUUAAUGGCGAAAAAAACCACUGUGGUAUAGGUAGGUUAUUAUGUUGUUAGAAUGAAAUGAAAAAAUGCAUGAUACUUGUUUUGUACACCAACUGUUUCAAGAGUUAAAAAGGUAAAAGGCGAUCCGUUUACUAAUUAGGCAAUAAUCAAAACAGAAAGAUUGCACGUACUGUAGAUGACUGGGCCAAACAGUUGUAUUAUUUUUCAAUUUUAAUUUUGUUUCAUGUACCCAAAAAUUAAAAUAUAUUAAAUGUUUUGUAAAUAUCA